GGCGCUAGAGUCGCUUAUUCUCAUCAGUCGGCAGUGUCGGCACACGACACGACGUGUGCAUUGCUCUUCGCUGGUUGUGUGUGCUCCAAAAUGCCAUUGUGUACAUUCGCUCAGCUGUUUUUCACGGUAGAAAGUCACUGUGUUUGGUGCAAAGAGAGUGAUGAGCGAGUGAGAGAAGAAAAAUAGAGAUCAUCCGUGCGUUGCUCAUCGUCGUACGUAUUUCGGAAUUUCACCGUUUAUUUUUAGUAAACGAGUCGCGAUGGUGCGGGAAUGUACAGGAAGACGCGUACAAAGAUCUCAGUUCAGUCAAAAUUCGGGCGUCUUUUGAAUAAAUAAUCCUGUGUCGUAUACUCAGUGAAUAGAAACGGAGCAAACGAACAUAGAAAGAAAGUAAACAUCGUAAUAAAUCACGAGAAACGUACGAGUCCUAGUGUUCCAUUUAUCCUAGCUGAUUCUGUUUUUCGUCUGUUUUGUUUAUUUGUCUUUCUGUUCCUUAUCACUGGUGAAAAUUCGUCUCUUUGAAGACGCUGCACCGUUAAAAAGCUCUUUUAUGCAAUUCGCCCUUAUUAAAAAGAACGUGCUGUACGUUCGUCGUUUGGUCAAUUAUGAGGGGUACGAAAUCCGGCGUUUUUUAUGACAUUUACAAUCAGCCCUACGAUGAUAGAACUAGGCUCAAGCUGUACACGAGCAGUAAAGCAAGUCUUCAACUUAUACAGCGAAUGGCGCUGCUUAAGAGACUUAAAGUGCACAAUGGCUGUGUCAAUUCUAUCUGCUGGAAUGCAAGUGGUACAUUGAUACUGUCAGGAAGUGACGAUCAGCAUCUUGUUCUUACAAAUCCUUAUAACUAUCAGGUUCUCACCGAUUACAAAACUAGCCAUAGAGCGAAUAUAUUUAGUGCCAAAUUUUUACCAAACAGUGGUGAUCAUCGCAUUGUAUCCUGCAGUGGGGAUGGUAUAAUACUCUACACAGAUCUCAUGAGACGAACAGCAACGUUUCAGAAUCAGUUCACGUGUCACAGUGGAACCACCUACGAGAUUGCUACGAUACCAGGAGAGCCACACAGUUUUUUGAGUUGUGGCGAAGAUGGGACAGUUCGAGGCUACGAUUUGCGAGUUAAAGAAAAAUGUAACACCCCAAGAUGCAAAGAAGACGUGAUGAUCUCGUGUCAAAAAGCGGUGACCGCUCUGUCCGUAAAUCCUUUGGUACCCCAUCAAGUGGCUAUCGGAUGUUCCGACAGUACGGUAAGAACUUUCGACAGGAGAAUGUUGGCAACGAGGGAUCCAGAUAAUGGAGAAAGCGCCUGGCCAACGUCGAUAUUCAGUGUACCCGAAUUUGAGGGAAAUUCCUACAGAAUAACGUCACUGAGUUACAGUCCGGACGGCCAAGAUGUUUUGGUCAGUUACAGCAGCGAUCAUCUGUACUUGUUCAGUAUAAAGGAUCAGGGAAGCAUGCAGAUGAGAAAAGAUGCCUCGACAGGGAAGAACAAAAGCAAGAAAAACCAGUUGCGAUCACCGCAGCCAGUGAGGCGUUUGAGGUUGAGAGGCGAUUGGUCAGACACAGGACCGGACGCUCGUCCGGAAAGUGAAGGUGGACGAUUGAACGGAACAGAGAUUGCACAAGCAAGACCGAUUUUGCAUACUUCAUUGAUGCAACGAAUGACGGACGUGUUGAGCAGAAUGUUGAACGACCCUGCAACGCGUGCUGCUCUAAAUGGCAGCGGUGAUGAUAAUCUCGAAGGUUGGAUAAUCGACCAGCAGGGCGAGGGAGCUCAGCAACAAGCGCAACAACCACAACAACAGCAACAGAAUCAACAGAAUCAAGCAACCGGAGAGGAAAGCGUCGAACCGAGUGCAGAAUCGGCAAACGGAAACGAGGCUUCGUCCCAUCAGGCGAUGGAAAUUGAAGCUGCGAGCAGCGCCGAAACCCGUGAAUCUGACGAGUUGAGUACAGUAGCGAUCGCGAGUAACCCUAGCGAGGAUUCCUCCAACGCUUUGGCCGUCGACGUGUCAACCGAAAACGAGAUUGAAGAAACUGUAACGCAAGAAAGCGACGAGAUCUUUUGCGAAAGCGAAGAAUCUCACAUUGUAAAUAAUUCACCCACCGAAUCCGACACCGAGGAGACGAGAAACGAGACAAAUAAUGUUCCUAUGGGAAGUGAAUCUAGUCGAACGGAGGCUUCCAAGACUUCCAUACAAUCGUUCACUUCGCUGAGUAUCUCGCGGGGCGAAGAAACUCGUGAUAGCAACAGAAACGAUAGCCUUGGCCAUUCUUCGCCGACUUCUAAUCUUGAAAAUCCUGGGGAAGGCAAUAUCAUGGAAAAUCUUCAGGACAGAUUGACCACCAUGAGACACGGUUUCCUCGAAAGACACGGCAGCGAGCCUGCCGUCAGCUUAACUUACUCCGACAAAAGCUCUACUGGCGCUACCAUUUCGCUCGGUGUUGCCAAUGAAGUUAUUCGCGACAAUUAUCAUCCAGGUCCUUCCGGCAGUCAAAAUACUGGUCUCACUAGUGCAGGACCAAGCAGUAGUCGAGGCAGAGAUCCAGAUUUCGACCUUCACGAACGAACGGACGAGGACGUUUACAACGACAGCGAUGACGAAGACGCAGAUCCUACGAGCUGUGACAGAAGCAGAGUGAGCGAUCCUGUGGAUGUAGAAUCAGAGAAGGAAUCGGGUGAGGAACGAGACUCGAUGGGACAGGAGACUUACGAGGACAGUUGUAUGACGGAAUUUCACGUGAAACAAAAAUACAUGGGUCAUCGAAAUGCGAGUUUCUUUAGGACCAUGAUCAAAGAAGCAAAUUUUUGGGGCGACGAUUACGUCAUGUCCGGUAGCGACUGCGGCCACGUUUUCGUUUGGGAAAGAGACACCGCCAAACUUUGUAUGCUCCUCGAGGCCGAUCAACACGUCGUUAAUUGCCUCCAACCUCAUCCCUUUCUUCCGAUGCUUGCCACCUCCGGUAUCGACUAUGAUGUCAAACUUUGGGCUCCUAUCAGCGAAGAAGCUAAUUUCGAUACCAAAUUCGCUGAGGAUCUAUUGAAACGAAACGCAGUGAUGCUCGAAGAGACCAAAGACACGAUAACCGUCCCAGCCGCAUUUAUGAUCAGGAUGUUGGCGUGUCUUAAUCAAAUACGAAGAGGGCGGGGUCGAAACAGGAGGAGAAGUGGCGACGAAGCCGAUGAGUUACGAGGCGGCUAGUAAGAUCUUUUGCGGCCUAUUUUCAUCGAAUUAUAUUUCCUUAUAGUUUUUAUAACAGCGUUAAUUUACUUGGAUUGUCAGAAAUUGAUAGUAAAUUUCGAGCGUUAAGUCGUUUUGCUUUAAUUUUGCUAACGAAAUUUAUGAUAUUCAAAAAAUAGCGAAAAUAAUGAAAAAAAAGCAAACUAGAAAAAACAUUUUUGUAAUGCAAUGCAAGUAAAAAUUGCAACUUCGACGUAUUAUCAAGCAUGUUGAGAUAAUGGUUUUCGUUAUAGUGCGCUCGUUUUAUAAUAUGAAGAAGAAUAUUUUUUAAAACGGUCUGCAUCGGUGCUUCUGUUUAGUGAUAAUUCGAUCCUGAAUAAGACAAUCAAAUUUGGAACAGUCAUUGUAUUUUAUUCGAUUCUAUUAUUGAUUGAUUGAUUUCUUUUUUUUUUUUUUUUUUUUUUAUUAAAUCGUUUAGGAUCAAAAAACUCUAAUAAGAAUGAGCAAAACGUAUGUUUUUGCUACACCCCAAUUCUCCGAAGUUUCUAUCAAAAUAUUUUUCAAUUUUUUCAUUUUAUGGUUCACCAUGCUGCGGAAAAAACUUUAAAACUUUUAUAAGAUGUUUUGCGACAGACGUUAUUUUUAGAAAUCAAUAAAAAGGAAAAUCGUCGGAGGAGCAACGUUAGUCGAUAUCAAUGUCGGAAAGCUACGCAGGGAAAUUGUUUAGAAAUGUUUAAAUUUGAUCGUACGAUUCCAAAAAUGAUUGUCUUUUUCAAAAAUAGAGUAAAAAAAAGUGAAAUAACAUACUUCCCUUUGAUUCCGCGGUAAAGUUCCAUUCAAGCCUCUUCCCUUAGAAGCAAAAGUGUAAGAACGCGUGCCUUGAACUGCAACGUCAACAAUAGAAUAUUUGAACGAAAAAAUAAAGUUCGUUGAAAUUCGACGCACUCCUCAAAGUCCUUAAAAAGGAAAAUUUGACAAAAAAAAUAAUGAAACAAGUGAGUUGUUAUUUGUGAGCUCACUCUCUUUCGUGGAAAUUCAAUUUCCCAUAAUGUUUAACUUUUUAGGAUUAAUAUUCCCAUGAAUCAUAGAAAAAAGAUACAAACUAACAACAGCGAUCAAUAUAUGGCACGAUGUAUUCCAAUUCCGAUCAAGAAUAAACCAGGUUUUUGUCCUCUUGUUUUUCCAAAUGAGCUGUAAUCAGAGAAGAAACUAUAAAACAAAAUAAUUGAUUGAUCACAAGGGUGGUCCACGAAAUAUGGAAACUUGCCAGAGUAUUUUCAAUUCUAAUAGUUUGACACUGAUCUCCAAAUCCUGGAAACGUUAUUCCAUAGAAUUUUUUGAAUCAGAAUCGACGGUACUUCAUUUUUUGUACAAAACUGAACCCCCAAACGUAAUACGAAACAGCAAUUUCCAUGAUUAUUUCAACUUUUAAUAAUCUACAAAAAAAAUAUGUUCAUUUGAAUUUCAAUUAAAAUUCUGCCCAAUGAAACUUGGAAGCUGGCCUUUUCUACACGUUUCAAAAUACUAUUUCGUACUCCGGACCAAAUGCAUUCGUCUUCGAGCUUAAGACGCGAAGGACCACCCGCAUUAACAUUUAUCAUAAUAUUCAAGUGCAAUAAUUCGAGUACGUAACACAACUGUAGAUUAAAAGCAUACAAACAAAUCUAUGAAGAAUCAUAACGAUUUUGCGAUUUUUUUUAGAUAAUAAAAUUAGUUAUAAGAUCGAUAGGAACUGUGUACCCAAAAAAUUGUGGAAUUUGUUUGUUGUUUAUAAUAAAAGUUUGAAUAGAAAA